AUGGCAGUUGUUCAAUCCGCAGUAGCGCCCCGGAGCGGUUUACCAUCAUCGGCACUGGAAAAUUGGGGGGACAUUGACGAAGGUCUGCCCCUCUUUGAAGCAUUUAAAGUGCCUGGCCAGCAAGACACCGUCAAGUUCGGCCUUCCCUGGUCUUCGUCUUUCCCUCUGGGUCUCAGACCAAGCAAAAAAUUGACUUUGACCGAGAGCAUCGAAGCCGUUCAUAGAUUCACCCGGUCAGGUGACUUGGUUAAGCUGAUCAGGCAGCAUGGCGGUGCAGUGUUGAUCCGCGGAUUGCCCAUCAAAACACCGGACGACUACAGCAAAGUGGCUCACGCAUUUGGAUUCCGCCCUCAUUUUGAGGUUGGGAGACCUCCUUUGAGAACUGUUUUGGCACCAAAUGUGAAAACGGCAAACGAGGGGCCACCCGAGCUCCCGAUUUGGCCACAUAGCGAAUACGGUUGGUCGACGAUCAACCCAGCUUGGCUUACGUUUAGUGCCCUUCAGAUCCCUGAGUCUGGUGGCGCAACUCCCAUCACAUCAGCAAUCUACAUUGCCCAUGAACUCCAACGUCAAUCACCAAAGUUUCUCUCAGAUCUUCUCAACAAGGGCGUCAAGUAUGUGUACCGCUACACGGUGAAAGCCCUUGUUUCCAACACGGGAACGAGCGUUCGGGGCGCAUACGGACAAGAGGUCGCCGACGGAGACGACGAAGAAACGGCCCGAAGAAAGAUCGAGGCCGAGGUUCGCCGUCACAGUGACCGCUUUGAGUGGCAUGAUGAUGGGAGCCUGAGCGUGACACAUAUCGUCCCUGCCAUUCGGAUCCAUAACCCAACCGAGUCUACGGUGUUCUUCGGGAAUGUCACUUCCGCCUGGGGGCGGAGUAGACAUCAUGGUGCGACGAGACCACCGUUCCGCGGCGAUGACGGGUCCUAUCAUCCGCCGCCGACAUUCGGUGACGGCACGCCGAUUGACGUCGAGGACUUGGACUUGCUGCUGAAACUCGCGGAAGAGGGUGCCGUAGAUGUUGAGUGGGAGCAAGGAGACUUGGUUUUGCUGGACCGCCAGGAUAUAAUGAACAAUGGCCUCAUCGGGGAUCUUCUCAACGCUCCCGGUAACAUAAUCAGUCAGGUGUUGUCACCGCCGGCGGCGACAACACAGGAAAGUGUGAAGGCAGAGGGGACACCAGCACCAGCAGCAACAUCACAAGCUGCAGCCGCCCAGCCAACAACGCAAGCAGCAGUAGCAGCACCUGCGACGACACAGCAGCCUGCGGCGGCGGCUCCUGCAACAUCAACAAAGCAAGAACAACAACAGCAGCAGCCUGUGACAACACCAGCUGCCCAAGCUCCGGCGACAACAAAAGCAGCAGCAGCAGCUCAACCUCAACAAUCAUCUCCAGCAGCUGCUGCACCCAGUCCUCCAGCAAGUAGUAGUGCUGCAGCUGCAGCGGCUGGUGGUGGAACAACAUCCGUUGCCAACGCAGCGGCAGCGGCAGCAGCUCCCACAACCCCCGGUGUUGCUGCGUCUUCCCAAGUCGCAGCAUCCUCUUCGAUAUCACCAACUACAAGAGUUUCUGGUCUCAGCGGCGCAGAUGCAACGAGCUCUGGAGGACCGGCUUCGAGUCAGACACCAAUCUCACCAAAUCUUGAUACCCAAUCCAGUGGAGGAACUCCCAGUCAGACCCCUUUGGUAGCGACUGGUGUCGUAUUGGGUAUUGUUGUCUUGAUGGGAAUUUCCCUGCUGCUUUAUUGGUGCUACCGUCGAAGAAGAAGGGCAAACGAACACCACCACGCCGCUCUGCCUCCCGAAAGCCCUGCCAACGAAUACGGGCCCGAACCUCGAUAUCGUGAUACCAUCGAUACAAGCGUCGUCCCGAUGACCGAAGUUAUGACCGAUAGUCGCGCACUCCACCUCAACUUACACUGCAAGGCCUAUCCUCAGCGUCCGAACGAACCAACCCCUACUCGGGAACGCCAUUCACUUACGCUCAAGCUCAACAAUAUGCACAAUCUCAUGGGUUCUCCUUCCCAGCCCCACCACCAAUUCCAGAACCUUCCCCUAUUCUCUAGAGCAUCUCGCAGCACCAUGUCUUCUAUGCUCUGGCACGGAAGGAGGGACGUCAUUGCUAGGAGGACAAUGAACCAAACUCCGGUAUCAACAAAGAACGGCUUCCUCGCCACUAGUACCCCAGACAGCCCGAUGCCCGAGGGUCUUCACACCCCGAUCCUGGACUGGCUACACUGGAUACGUGGAAACCAAUCAGAAAAUGGCGACCCGGAGUUCAACCACAGAAAAAGUAUCGCCAGUUCCGAGAGCUCUCUCUCAGAAGUAGGAAGCAUUGCCAGCAGCGGUGUCUUCUCUCCCACACUCCUUUCUUGGCCUCCGCCGGCCGAGGGCGCACCACCCAUGAUCGACCCAGAUGCCUUGGAGGCUCUACGAUACCUACCUAUGCCUCUUCAGUUGAAGAGAGAGAGCAGUAACGGCGAAACCUAUGUAGAGCCGUCUGGCAGCCGUGUACAAAGCUUCCAAUAA